CUGACACACUAAAAGUAGCUGAGGCCUGCCAAAAGAGACACCUUAGUAGAGGUCAAUGUAGUGUAACUUAGUGCUUGCAGAGAAUAUAAGCAACCGUAAAUGAAUAAAUGAUUGCUCAGUAACCGUAUAGGAUAUGAGGUAUCAUCAUGGCCCAUGACAUCAGUGUUGCAGAUCUAUAUAAAUCGCACCUGGACAGACUCGCAGUCACCACUCAGCCUUACUUCUGUUGACUCGCCUGCCGGGAGAACUUCACUGAGGACCAUGUCACUCUCAUCUGUCCUUUCCGCUGAUGCCAUCGACAGUGCACUCAAGGACUGUCAAGCUCCUGACUCCUUCAACCCCAAAAAGUUCUUCCAGCUGUGUGGUCUGACAAAGAAAAGUCCUCAGGAAGUGAAGAAUGUCUUUAACGUCUUGGACAACGAUGCCAGCGGAUUCAUCGAGGAGGACGAACUCAAGUUUUUCUUGCAGCGGUUCUCACCUGGAGCUCGUGUACUGACCGAUAAAGAGACAAAGGGUUUCCUGUUGGCAGCUGACGAUGACAGCGAUGGCAAGAUUGGAGUAGAUGAAUUCCAGGCGAUGGUUCUGUCCUGAAUGUUCAGUACACAUCUCUCCCCUCUCUUGUACUCAGAUUUCAAUUCAGCAGUCCCGCCACUCGAUACACAGGUGUUUUUCCUCCUGGGGACCCCCUGGUCAAUAGAGUCCACACAAGGCAGACACAUACUGUACACACUGCAGUUUUUAUUUGAUUUUUGAAUAAUGUAGAGGGGGCGCACAUGGGCACUGACCAAACGUAAAACUACCUGAAAAUUAUUAUUGACGUGAAUAAAUAAAUGGCUCAAAAGA